AUGUCUGACUUUACUGCGAUUUUCGAGGAGAUUGAAGUGAUUCAUCCUGCACUCCACGGCUACCUCCAAAGAGCUGAUGUACGCCUGUGGACGCGUGUUCAUUUCCCGGGCGAGAGGUACAAUUUGAUGACUACAAACAUAGCGGAAUCAAUGAACAGAGCAUUGUCGCAUGCUAGAGGUCAAAACAUUGUUCGAAUAUUAGAAUCGAUACGGGUUAUGAUGACUAGAUGGUUUUCUGAACGGAGAGAGGAUGUCAGAUCGCAGCCAACGACGCUUACGCGUGGUGUCGAGAAACUACUACAUGGUUGUGUAACUGUCGCCAGAGAAUUGACGGUCCAAAGGAUUGAUGAUCAUCACACUGAAGUUAAAUAUGGAUCUUCUAGCGAGUCUUUGAAUGUUGUUAAUUUGGUAGAGCAAAAGUGCACAUGUCGGCGUUUCAAACGCGAGAAAUUACAAUGUGUACACGCAAUCGCAGCUGCGGAGUACAACAAUGUUUGUCGUAUAUCCAUGUGCAGUCCUUACUAUAACAGUGAAUAUUUGGUGAGCGCAUACGCUGAAUCUAUCAUGCCGGCUGACUCAGCGCAACUUGUUCCAGAAAUCGUGGCAAACCAACCGUGCUUGCCCCUGUAUAUUCGUCAACAACCAGGAAGACCUAAGAAAAAUAGGAUGAAAUCUGCUUUAGAAGUUGCACUUCAAAACAAACGUCCUAGGAAAGAACACACAUGUUCUCGAUGUAGACAGAGUGGCCAUAAUGCGAAAACUUGUCCGAUGUAA